AUGUCGAGUUCGAUACCGUUCUACCAGAAACAACACCGUCACUAUGACCGCGGAUACCGUAGCCGGGAGACAAAGUCUGCCAUCAGCCAAUACAAGCAGACCUCCAGCAGUUACUCCGCCCACAGCAGCAGCAGCAGCAAGGGUGUUAGAGCUGCUUCAUUCACGGCUUUGGAUGAGGGUAAACUGAGCCCUGUGCCUAAACGAGCCAAGCCCACAUACCUGGCCAUGGACAAAGAGAAUCAAAUCAUCGGCUAUGUGGUGCCCAUCUUCAGGGGCAGUGAGGAGUAUGCGAGUGGGCUGUCAAACACGGAAGAGGCGCGUGUUAAGGAGAGCGCGGGGUAUCUGGCCCGCAGGGAUCUGUUCUCCAGCAACGUGGAGAUGGAACGCAUGGAACACAAGUCCCGCAGAACCGUCAUGAGAGAGUCAGCAGAACGCAUCUCUCUCAGCAAGAGGAUCCAUGAGAACGAGGAGUAUCAUAAGCGUCUGAACCAGGACAGCCUGAUGCACCCCCCCGAGUUUGUGAUUAAGCCACGCUCACACACUGUGUGGGAGAAACAGUGUGUGAGACUACACUGUACAGUCACAGGAUGGCCUGAACCACGUGUCGUCUGGUAUAAGAACAAUGUUAGCAUUGACCCAAUGUCAAGCCCAGGGAAGUACAAGUUGGCCAGUAGCUAUAAUGUUCACUCCCUGGAGAUCAAUCGGUGUGACUUUGAUGACACGGCCCAGUAUCGAGUGUCAGCUAUGAACAGCAAGGGAGAGCUGUCCGCUUUCGCCUCCGUUGUCGUCAAGAGAUUUAAAGGUGAAAUUGAUGAGUAUCUCCCAUCUCCCACACCACACCCCUGUUUGGAGUAUGGGGUGACGUUUGAGACCCACAUCGUGGACACGUUUGACGUUUCCUUUGGCCGGGAGGGGGAGACUCUGAGUCUGGGAUGUACCGUCAUCAUUUCCCCAUCACUGCAUCGCUUCCAACCUGAAAUCGAGUGGUUCAGAGAUGAUAAACUGUUGGUGCCAUCUAAGUGGGCUCAGAUGCACUGGAGUGGAGACAGAGCCACUCUCACACUGACACACCUCAACAAGGAGGAUGAGGGCCUGUACACACUCCGUGUCACAACCAAGUCUGGCUAUGAGACCUACUCCGCUUACGUCUUUGUCCGAGAUUCUGAUGCGGAGAUCGAGGGAGCUCCAGGUGCUCCUCUGGAUGUGUGUUGUCAGGAGGCCAACAAAGAUUACGUCAUCGUCACCUGGAAACCGCCCGCCAUGGAUAGAGGCAGCUCAAUCCUGGGAUACUUUGUGGACAGGUGUGAGGUUGGUACCACACACUGGGCUCAAUGCAACGACACCCCGAUCAAGUUUGCCCGUUUCCCGGUGACGGGUCUAAUCGAGGGGCGGAGCUAUAUCUUCCGCGUGCGUGCGGUGAACAAGUGUGGUAUGAGCCACCCCUCCCGUGUGUCUGAGCCUGUCGCAGCCAUGGACCCGGCCGACCGCGCCCGAAAAGGGACUUCUGCUCCCUGGACUGGUCAAAUCAUUGUGACAGAGGAGGAGCCUGUUGAGGGCGAGGUUCCCGGCAAACCCCACGACCUGACAGUUACUGAGGCAACAAGGAAUUACGUCGUGCUGAGCUGGAAGCCCCCAGGAGAGAGAGGUCACGAGGGGGUCAUGUACUACGUUGAGAAGUGUGUGUCAGGCACAGACAGUUGGCAGAGGGUGAACACAGAGAUACCUGUUAAAUCUCCACGCUUCGCCCUGUUUGACUUGGCGGAGGGGAAGUCCUACUGUUUCCGCGUGCGCUGCUGCAACGCUGCUGGUGUCGGAGAGCCCUCUGAACCCACUGAGGCGACGGUGGUGGGAGAUAAACUAGAUAUCCCGUCAGCCCCAGGACGUGUGGUGCCCACGCGGAACACAGACACGUCUGUGGUGGUUUCAUGGGAGACGUCCCGUGAUGCUAAGGAACUUUUGGGCUAUUACAUUGAGACCAGUAUUGCUGGGAGCAACACCUGGGAGCCCUGUAAUAACAAACCAGUGAAAUGCUCCAGGUUCAUCUGCCACGGACUGAUGACAGGAGAGAGUUACAUGUUUAGAGUGAGAGCUGUGAACGCUGCCGGGAUCAGUGAAUAUUCACAGGAAUCUGAGGCCAUUGAGGUUAAAGCAGCUAUAGGGGGCGGUAUUCCUCAUGCUUCCCCUGCUCCGCCUUAUGGCAUCAGCGUGUUGGAAAGUGUGCGGGACUCCAUGGUGCUGGGCUGGAAGCAGCCCACGUUUAUCGGCGGUGCUGACAUCACUGGUUAUUUUGUGGAUUAUCGUGAGGUGGUGGAUGGAGUGCCAGGGAAAUGGCAUGAGGCGAACAUCAAAGCCAUCAGUGAGAGAGCCUACAGAGUGUCAGACCUGAAGGAGAAUAAGUUUUAUCAGUUCCAGGUGCGUGCUGCCAACAUGGCGGGGGUGGGCAUCCCAUCUCGGCCUAGCGAGACCUUUAAGUGUGAGGAAUGGACCAUCGCUGUACCAGGACCCCCCUAUGACCUCAAGGUGAUUGAGGUGCGUAAGGAUUCUCUGGUGUUGCUAUGGAAACCACCAGUUUACCAAGGCCGUGAUCCAGUGAACGGGUACUACAUUGACAUUAAGGAGACAGAGGCAGAAUUCGAGGCCUGGAGAGGAGUUAACGAGAAAGCAACCAGCAAGACAUACAUGAAGAUUAAGGAUCUGAAAGAUGGAGAGUCAUACGUGUUGCGUGUGCGUGCCCAGAAUAAAGCCGGCGUGGGAAAAGCCUCUGAUGUCACUGACUCAGUUAUGGCCGUGACCAAACCAGGCACUAAUGAAGUGGUUGUGGAAGUCGAUGAUGACGGUGUGAUUUCACUGAACUUUGAGUGCGCAGAUCUCACCCCAGACUCCAAAUUCAUCUGGUCCAAAAACUAUGAGGAGAUCACGGACACCACAAGAAUCACCAUGGAAACCAAAGGCAGCAAAUCCAAAGCCAUUUUCAACAUGCCCUCUGAGGAAGACGUCGGCAUUUACUCUUGCCUCGUCACACACACUGACGGAGUCUCCGCUAGCUACACACUCACUGAGGAGGGGUUGAAAGAGCUCCUGAAGAUAAGCCAUGACCACAAAUUCCCCAUUAUUCCUCUGAAGUCAGAGCUGGCUGUAGAGUUGCAAGAGAAAGGAAGAGUUCGUUUCUGGCUUCAGGCUGAGAAAAUCUCUGCUAAUGGAAAAGUCGACUUCGUGUUUAACGACAACAUUAUCUCCCAGGGAGAUAAAUACAAGAUGAACUUUGACAAGAACACAGGGAUUAUUGAGAUGUUUAUGGAGACUCUGGCAAAAGAAGAUGAGGGAACAUACACGUUCCAACUCCAAGAUGGCAAAGCCACCAACCAGUCCAGCCUGGUCCUUAUUGGAGAUGUUUUCAAACAGUUGCAGAAGGAGUCUGAGUUCCAGAGGAAAGAGUGGAUCAGGAAGCAAGGUCCUCACUUUGUGGAAUACCUGAGUUAUGAGGUUACACCUGACUGCAUUGUGAGGCUAAAAUGCAAGGUGGGGAAUAUGAAGAAAGACUCGGUGGCUUUGUGGUAUAAGGAUGGGAGAGAAGUCAAGGCUAAUGAGAAACUCGACUUUGCAGAGGGAGUGCUUACUCUGGAGAUCGCUCAGAUCUCUAAGAAAGAUGCAGGUGUGUAUGAAGUGAUUGUGAAGGAUGAUAGAGGAAAGGACACAUCUACACUCAACCUUACAGAUCAAGCAUUCAAAAAUCUGAUGAAUGAAGUGUUUAGUGUCAUUGCAAACUCCUCCACUCCACUGAAAAUCACCAGCACAGAGGAGGGGAUCAGGCUCUAUACCUUUGUCAACUAUUACAACGACGAACUCUUUGUCACCUGGCACUUCAAGGACGCUCCGAUCGCCUUCUCAGAUCGUAUUAAGAGUGGAGUGGUCGGGGAGCAGCUGUGGCUGCAGAUCUCUGAGCCCACAGAGAAGGACAAAGGCAAAUACGCCAUUGAGUUCUUCGACGGGAAAGGAGGCCUCCGGAGAACUGUGGAACUGGCUGGACAAGCGUUUGAUGAUGCAUAUGCAGAAUUCCAGAGGCUCAAAGCGGCAGCUAUCGCUGAGAGAAACCGUGCUCGUGUGGCAGGAGGUCUGCCUGACGUAGUUACCAUACAGGAGGGCAAGGCUCUAAAUCUGACAUGUAAUAUUACCGGUGACCCUGUGCCCGAGGUGACCUGGCUGAAGAACGAGAGAGAGAUGGUGUCAGACGAUCACUACAUCCUUAAAUUCGAGUCGGGCAAGUUUGCCAGUUUCACCAUCACCAAGGUGAACACGUCCGACUCUGGCAAAUACAGCAUCCUGGUGAAGAACAAGUACGGCACAGAGAGCGGAGACUUCACUGUAAGUGUCUUCAUCCCCGACGACGUACCUGCGCCCACUCGUAAAAAGUAA